UUCUGCCUCCGCCAUGGCGUUGUUCGUGCCAGUGUGUGCCGAGGCGGACCUGCCCAACGAGUCGCGGCGCUGCGUGCUUCUUCCGUCGACUGGGCGGAGCGUGCUUCUUGUGCACCACCGUCACGUGAUCUACUGCAUCGAUCAAGCAUGCUACCACCACGGUGGACCGCUUGGAAGCGGAGACAUCGAAGAUCUCGACGGUGUCGUCGCGAUUCAGUGCCCUUGGCACAACUACAAGAUCGCAUUGCACAAUGGCGAAGGGCUGUACAUGGGCUUUGAACCGGGCAACAUGAGUCAACCUGUGCUCAAGAGCAAGGGAGUGAAACAAAGGACCCAUCCCGUCAAAGUCGAACGUGGCAUGAUCCUCGUGUGCGACAGUUCGGUCGACACCGGCACCGCGAUCGCGAGCGACGUGUACGCGUUCGACACCAAGUGCGUCCCGGACUUGAACAGGAAGAAGGACCGUGAUGAAGUCCGCCUCCACUCUCGGAUGACGUAGAAAUGCUCCAUGUCCCCGACGGCGUCACCCUCGUCACCGUUCAUCAUACAUCACUGCACAUCUCUACCUCGAAUAAAUAAUCAUUAAAAAAACUAAAUAAAUAAUCCCAUUUUUACAUCCA